GUGAUUGGUUGAUCUCGGCGGCUGGAUGGGGCAGGCGUUCCGCAAACUGUUCGAUGCCUUCUUCGGCAACAGCGAGAUGAGGGUCGUGAUGCUUGGGCUGGAUGCAGCCGGCAAGACCACCAUCCUGUACAAGCUGCACAUCGGGGAGGUCCUCUCGACUGUUCCUACAAUCGGGUUCAAUGUUGAGAAAGUUCAGUACAAGAACGUGAUGUUUACAGUGUGGGAUGUUGGUGGCCAAGAAAAGCUGAGGCCCUUGUGGAGACAUUAUUUCAAUAACACAGAUGGCUUGAUCUACGUGGUUGAUUCAUUGGAUAGAGAGAGGAUUGGAAAAGCCAAAGCGGAGUUUCAGACGAUAAUUAAUGAUCCGUUCAUGCUUAACAGUGUCAUAUUGGUGUUUGCCAAUAAACAAGAUAUGAAAGGGGCCAUGACACCAGUGGAGGUAUGCGAAGGCCUUGGCCUUUAUGAUUUGAAGAACCGCAUAUGGCACAUCCAAGGUUCCUGUGCUCUCAAAGGUGAUGGACUUUAUGAGGGUUUGGACUGGCUGUCAAGUACCCUGAAGGAACUCCAACCAUUUGGUCGCCUACCCUCAGGAGGGACCUAACUAUUCUAAAUAGCAGUUCUGCUUACAAGACCCUUGUCGUCACACUAAAAAUCUUGGAUCAAAGACAAUUGUCAAAAAGAAAAGGAUAAUGGUGGGAAAGACCUUAUAACCAUAAUACAUGGCAUUUUCCAGGCGAUAUACUUAGGUGCUGAUUCUGCUGAAGAAAAGAGCAUGCCUGGGUCUGACUACAUCAAAUUUUUCCAAUACAAAUUUGUCUUGGGAAGUGUUGAUUCUCUAAUUGGUGACAUAUUCAUGUAAAUUUCCUUGCGAGUUCAGACAAGCUAACCAUGUUCACAUAUGGGUGGAACAUAAUAUUUUCUCUAGAUGAGAAACGUGAUGUUAUUGAUGUAAAUUUCCUGUUAGAUAUUUUUUGCAAAUAAAACUAUCGUGUCAGUCCGCAA